GGAAAAACCGGGGCAGAGCGGCUGGGAUUUAACACUUGAGCACCUGCCGCUUCCCGGGGAGCAGCUUCGGGAGCUUUUUAUUUUUGUUUUUUCUCUCCUGCCUCGGGCACCCCAAAAACCGCCACCGUGUCUCGCCAGAGAGCCAAGAUGUCCAAGGUCGCCAAGUACAGGCGCCAGGUCAGCGAGGACCCGGACAUCGACAACCUGCUGUCCACACUGUCCCCGGAGGAGGUGGAGGAGCUGGAGAAGGAGCUGGAUGUGGUGGAUGCAGAGGGGAGCGGCCACGGAGAGAAGGAGCGGGCGGAAAACUCCUCGCCCGGCCCCCAAAACUGCGAGGCCGAGCUGAACCACCACGGCAGGGAGCACAGGAGGGUCCUGCGCAGGGAGCAAGCCGUGGAUGAAACCAGGCUGAGCGAGAGCAAAGGAGACAAAACCGGAGAGGAAACGGGAAAGGAAACUCCCCCCAAAGACCCGGCCCGGAAACGAGACACCAAAGACCCCAAAAAGGAGGAAAAUGUUCCAAAAACAGAGCCCAAAGGCAAAGCUGAGGCUGAGCCCAAGAGCAAAGAGAGCAAAGCCAUGAAUGAUAAAGUGAAGGCCAUGGAGAAAAAGCUGAUGGGGAAGGACAAGAAGGAGGAAGAGAAGAGCUCAGCGCUGAGGAAGGAGGCAGGGAAGGGGAAAAGGGAGGAGGAGAAGGGCUCAGAUGUGAAGAAUAAGGACACAGGGAAGGAGAAAAAGGAGGAGGAGAAGGGCUCAGCAGCAAAGGAGACAGGGAAGGACAAGAAGGAGGAAGAAAAGGUUUCAGCAUCCAAGAAGGACACGGGGAAGGACAAAAAGGAGGAGGAGAAGAGCUCAGAACCAAAGGGACAGGCGGAGAAAGACACGGGAGGGGAAGGUGAGAAAGACAAAGACAAAAAAGGAGAGAAGGGUUCAGCUGGGAAAACACCCCGGGGGGAGGAGAAGGAGAAGGAGAAGGAGAAGGAGAAGGAGAAGGAGAAGGAGAAGGAGAAGGAGAAGGAGAAGGAGAAGGAGAAGGAGAAGGAGAAGGAGAAGGAGAAGGAGAAGGAGAAGGAGAAGGAGAAGGAGAAGGAGAAGGAGAAGGCAGGACCCCCCAAGGCUGCAGAGCCGCCCAAGGACGACGAGGCCUCGAGCAUCUUCGACGAGCUGAUCGAGAGGGUGAAGAACAACGACGCCGAGGUGACCGAGGUGAACGUCAACAACUCAGACUGCAUCAACAACGAGACCCUGGUGCGCUUCACCGAGGCCCUGGAGUUCAACACCGUGGUCAAGGUGUUCGCCCUGGCCAACACCCGCGCCGACGACCACGUGGCCUUCGCCAUCUCCAUCCUGCUCAAGUCCAACAAGGCGCUGACCAGCAUCAACCUGGACUCCAACCACAUCACGGGCAAGGGCAUCCUGGCCAUCUUCCGGGCGCUGCUGCAGAACGACACGCUGACCGAGCUGCGCUUCCACAACCAGCGCCACAUCUGCGGCGGCAAGACCGAGAUGGAGAUCGCCAAGCUGCUCAAGGAGAACACCACCCUGCUCAAGCUGGGCUACCACUUCGAGCUGGCCGGGCCACGCAUGACGGUCACCAACCUGCUGAGCCGCAACAUGGACCGGCAGCGCCAGCGGCGCCUGCAGCAGCAGAAGCUGGCGCAGGAGGGAGGCGACAAGAAGGACCCUCCGCAGGCGCCCAAGGCGGGGGUGCCGCCCAAGGGGGCUCCCCCCAAGGCGUCCCCGAACCGGCCGCCGUCCAAGGCGCCCCCCAAAAGCUCCCCCGAGAAAGGGGGGGCCCCCGCGGCGCCGCCCCCGCCACCCCCGCCGCUGGCACCGCCCCUGGCCAUCAACGAGAGCCUGAGGAACUCGCUGUCCCCCGCCUCCCAGAGGAAGCUGCCAGUGCAGGAGAAGAACUCACGGGACCAGCUGCUGGCGGCCAUCCGCUCCAGCAGCCUCAAACAGCUCAAGAAGGUGGAGCUGCCGAAGCUGCUGCAAUAGGGACUGGGGGGGGUGUCCCCCCACGGCCCCCCGUGGAUCCUCCCCCUC